GUAAUACAAAGUAUAACAGGCUUUUGGGUGCAUACAUUGGUAAAGAGCCUUUGGCAUUUGUGUGUGUAUAAAAUAUAUUCUAUAGGGGCCUGCACCAUUCACGUCAAAAGAGCAUGCCUCUGGGCUCUGGCUUUGGAAGUGGAUUAUUAGGUUGUGUAGCCGUACAUUGCUAGAAAUUAUCCGCAGAGCUAGCUCAAGCAGUCAGAGUUUGCCGGGUUAAACAGGUCCCCCUACCACUCUCUACCUCAGAGACAAAUUAAACAAUAUGCAGGUGGCAAACAAGUCAGGAAUCAGAAUGGAGAGUGGCAUAGCCAUGAACACCACAGUCGACUCAGGACCAACUCAUGAGGUGCUGAACCUGGAGAGCCUGUACGAGACAGUGAGGAAGCUGGCCACUUGCAAUGCAGUGGUGGUGUUCAGCAUGAGUGGCUGCUGCAUGUGCACAGUGGCCAAGCGCCUCCUCUUCGGCCUCGGCGUAGGACCCACCAUCAUCGAGCUCGAUGAACACCCCGCCGGCCACGACAUCCAGGCCGUGCUCUAUGACCUCUGCCCUGAUGGCCAGCAGUCCAUCCCGGCCAUCUUCAUCGGCGGCAAGUUCUUGGGUGGGAUCGAGACCCUCAUGGCUUGCCACAUCAAUGGCUCCCUUGUGCCUCUCCUCAAGGGUGCUGGGGCUCUCUGGCUUUGACUUCAUUUCAAUAUGGGGUAAAAGCUAAAGAUUGACUCUUGUUUGCAUAGAUGCAAUUGUAUUCAACAUCUAUUGCAAUUUAAUUGUAGUUUUACUGUGUUAUUUCCCCUAGCUUGUUUUUUUUCAAUCUUUUUGGUAAGGAUGAGCUUGGAAUGCCAUUAAUUGGGGCUGUAAAAGACUUAUGUUAUAUAUUAAGCAAAAAUUUCAGGGCCAAGUAGCCGGAAUUUAA